AUUACGAGUCUAUCUCUUUCAAUUGGUUGAAAAUCUGAGGACUCGAGCAUUUUGAUGGAGGAUAAAUCAGAAAUAUUUUCCCUAAAUUGACUCAAUUGAAAAUCCUGGAUAAAGAACAAUUUCGUUUUUUCUUCCUUUUUUCUCAUUUUUUUUCCAGAUACAUCCACGCAUAUAUAGAAAGAGAAAAAUUUGGGUUUGAGAGAGAACUUUGUCUGGAUUGGCUGUACCGGUUGUUUUCUUCGCACGACGAGAGAAAGAAGAAAAGUUCGGACAAAAAAAAUCCAUUUUCUCAUUUUUUUCAGAUACAUGCACGCAUAUAUAGAAAGAGAAAUUUUGGGUUAGAGAGAGAAGAACCUUGUCUGGAUUGGCUGCACCGGUUGUAUUCUUCGCACUACGAGAGAAAGAAGAAAAGUUUGGAAAAAAAAAAUCCUUUCUUUUGGAGUAAUGAUGUUGCGAAUUUGAACGAUCAGGAGCUAGAGCUUUUGCUAAAUGACGAUUGAAAAUGCGAAUUGUUGAGAAUUUAAGCUCUGGUCAUAUUCUAGAACUUCGAAAAUUUGGGUUUUUUGGUAAAAAAUGGACGUGGAUUCGACUAUGACCACCGAAGUUGAUCGUGAUCCAUCAGACCAGCCCACAUCUGCCAACGGUUCGGACCAGCCCACUGAAUCGCAAUCUCCCGUUCCUCAGCAACAGCAACAACAGAAUAAUGAUAAUGAUAUUAUUAAUUAUAGUAAUAGUGGUGGUAUUGAUGGUAGUGAACAGGUGGUGGCUGGGCCACGCUGUGCACCGACCUAUACGGUGGUAAAUGUGAUAACUGAGAAGAAUGGGGAUGGACCGAGCCCCAGGUGUGGCUACACACUUACAGCUGUAUCGACUGUUGGGGAGGAGGGAACUCCUGAAUAUAUUGGCCCGAGAUUAAUUCUGUUCGGUGGUGCCACAGCACUUGAAGGAAAUUCUGCUGCCUCUGGAACUCUUUCCUCGGCUGGAAGUGCCGGAAUUCGGUUGGCUGGGGCCACUGCUGAUGCCCAUUCUUAUGAUGUCUUGACGAAUAAAUGGUCUCGGUACGCUUAAGUUGAUCACUUCUGUUUAGAUUCUCUACUCAAUUUUCUGGUCUACUCUUUGCUUUUAUUAGUUUAAAAUUGUUGUAAUUUGGUUAUGUGCUUUAAAUUAC